UAAAUUCUCUCUGUAAGAGACGAAACGAACGAACGAGCGAACAUGGCGUCGAGCAGUGCGGCUUCUGUAGAUAUGGAAGACAUUCAGACCGUUGAUCUCAUGUCUGAGCUUCUUCGCCGUAUGAAAUGUGCUUCUAAGCCUGACAAACGUCUCGUCUUCAUCGGUCCACCUGGUUCAGGAAAAGGUACACAGUCUCCUGUCAUAAAGGAUGAGUUUUGCUUGUGCCAUUUGUCUACCGGUGACAUGCUUCGAGCUGCUGUUGCUGCUAAGUCUCCUCUUGGUGUUAAGGCCAAGGAGGCAAUGGACAAGGGAGAGCUUGUUUCUGAUGACUUAGUUGUUGGUAUCAUGGAUGAAGCAAUGAACAAACCCAAAUGUCAGAAAGGUUUUAUUCUUGAUGGGUUCCCUAGGACCGUGACCCAAGCUGAGAAGCUUGAUGAGAUGCUUAAUAGAAGGGGAGCUCAGAUAGAUAAGGUGCUUAAUUUUGCGAUUGAUGAUUCUGUUCUGGAAGAAAGAAUUACUGGAAGGUGGAUUCACCCUUCAAGUGGAAGGAGCUAUCAUACCAAAUUCGCACCUCCCAAAGUUCCCGGAGUCGAUGAUGUGACUGGAGAGCCAUUGAUUCAACGUAAAGAUGACAAUGCGGAUGUUCUAAGAUCAAGGCUUGAUGCAUUCCACAAGCAGACACAACCGGUAAUAGACUACUACGCUAAGAAAGGUAAUCUUGUGAACAUACCAGCAGAGAAGGCCCCAGAAGAAGUUACCAAAGUGGUGAAGAAGGUUGUGUCUACAUGAAAUUAAAAGGAGUUUGAGAUCUCUCUUUUCUUCUUUCUUGUCUUAAAAAUAACUCUCCUGAGGUUUUUGUUCCCCAACCGGAAUGUCUUUUGUCUUAAGAGCAACGUUUGCUGCAGUUUUGUGCAGUGUUUCACUAAGGUUUAUUGGCCAUGUCAGGUGAAUAAAGAGAAAAAAUAAUCAAAA